AGUCCGGUUCCGCUCUCGGUGCUAAUAUGACGCGCCGGUUGCACGGAAGAGGCCGGUUAAGUUGCACAUCAAAUUAGACUGUUGGUUCUGUGUGUUCACAAGAUCUUGGUAUCUGCAUUGACUGUGUACAAAUAUUUUGGACUAAACCCGUGUUCGUCUCUAGAAAUCAACAUUCCUAGAAGUCGGAGUGAGGUGUCCAGUCGCAUGCUACUGCUGGUGCUGGUGGCGGCGGGGUGCGCGCGCGCCGCCGCCGCCGCGGACCUCUGCUCGCUGCACCUCAUCCCUUCCAACACCACCUACAUGCAGUUCACCAAGGAACCGAUCCCGCUCGAGUACGGCUUCCAGGGCCAGUUUAAAAGCAUCCACUGCUGCGUAAAAGGAUACCGGAGCAUCGAAUGGUUCAAAGACGGCAUACCGUACCCAUGGCCGGCAGGGUUGUCCAACCUGAUCCUGUACCCGGAGGCGGGCAACCAGACGCUGUACGUGCGGCGCGCGUCUCGCUCCGACUCCGGCGAGUACGUCUGCCGCGUGUCCAACCAGACCCACACGCAGGACCAUCUCAUCACCCUGCAGAUCUUCAGUAAAGUUACCAAUGCUCCAAGAACAAUGUAUGUGAGCCAAGAUCAGUCGGUUGAAGAGGGCGCACCUCUUCGCCUAUUCUGUGAGGCUCUGAUUGAAAGGACUCAUCUGGCCGAUGCAAUCAGCGAUUUGAAAUGGAAAAGAGUUUGGCCGAAUGGGACCGAAGGGGACUUGCUGCCCACUCAAAAAGAAAUAAACACAUCUCGGGAGGACGUGCCGAACAUCUACGGGUCGUACUUGCUGGUGGACCGCCUGUCGCCGGCCGACUACGGCAAGUUCGUGUGCGUCGUGCACAGCAACAACGUGCCCGUGCGCUCGUUCGUCGUCGUCAGCCCUCCCCUGCCGCCGGAAGAGCCGUGGCACGUAGACUCGGUACCGUGGCGCGCGCUGGCGCUGGGCGGCGGCGCGCUGGCGUGCGUGGCGCUGGCCGCGGCCGUGCUGCACCGCCGCUGCACGCCGCGUAUGCGGCUGCUGGCACGCCGUGCACGCGCUCUGGCCAUCACGCCAGCUCAGAGAGCUCGAGUGCUGGGUAAGGAGUUCGACGUGCUGGUGUGCUGGACGCCCGUGGACGGGGAGCUGGUGCGCGGCGCGCUGCUUCCAACGCUCCAGCACAAGUACAAGUACCGCGUGCACGGCGUGCAAGUGCCCACCGAGCCUGACAAUUGGUACCAUGAGCUGGAGGGCGGAUGCGCGCGCUGCCGAGCGCUGGUCGCCGUGCUGUCGCCCGCGCAGUACUCGCCCGCGCAACUGCUCACGUCGCUGCGGCAGUUGCGUGCGCUGCCCACGCCCCCUGUCGUCGUGCUGCUCCAGGAUCUGCCGGACCUGAAACGCGAAGCCAAAGAUUCCGGAGAAACAUUGGUGAAUAUCUUGCGACGUACGCGGCUGAUCCCCUGGCGCAGCCUGCAGGACCGUGAGUUCUGGACCCAGCUGCGGCUCGCGCUGCCCCUGCCGCCGCCCUCGUCGCCGGCGCCCGCCUCCCCGCAACACACUGGCCAGAAUCUGACCCCGGCUGAAAAUGACGACAAUACGAAUUCACGAUCCGGUAGUCUUACAGCUCUCGUGGUGUAAACAAACUAACGACGAGACACAAACGGAUUCCCAGCAAGAUUCGAGUUGGGAUGGCUCCGACCUUCGAAACUAGCGCUAUAAUUAAAUGACUACAAUUUAGUGACUGUAAGCUUGUUAUUAAUUAGAAAUAAUCAUAUCAAAUCGUCACAAAUGCAUUCAUGAGCAAAAACGGGUAAUUACAGAAUGUCCAAUACGAGCUGACCCAUAUUUAUUGCUCGUGAAUGUGAGUACCUAAGAAUGUAAAAUAAUUUAAAAUUUCAAGCCCUUUAGUCUUACGUAGGUAUAAGAUGAUAAUGAUAACGCAUCUCUGCUUUCUGAAAGCUAUUUUUGUGUUGCGUUUGAGGGAAAUCGUUUAUUAGAAGUAAUGUAUUUAUGUAAUUAAUUUAUUGUUUUAUUGAUCAUACCGUCUUUAUAUUAUAUCCUAAAGUAUAUGUUUGCUGAUAAGCCAUGCGCGGCUAGAGCCUUCUUUCUCAUUGUAGGUCCUUAAGUUGUGGAAUAGGUAUUAAAAUACUUAAUGUCGCGACCUGCGGAAAUAUUGCAUUUAAUCCAGUUUAUCUUUCUGUAGUGUUUCUGAACUCCACUUUAUCGGUCAGAUUAUAAUAAUAGUAUGUAGUUAGACAGUUUUAAAGAUCUCUGAGUAAUCUUAAUGUUAAUUUAACCUUUUCGCCGCCAUUGCUUGAUAUAGGUACUUGUAAAGCAGAGUACCUACAUUUCGUGCCACGACUUGAUACCUAGGUAUUAUCUAGGUAUGUUAUACGGGUGUAGACAACCCGUGCAAUUUUUGACAUGGCGUUGAUGGCACUUUCUUGAGUAGGUAUUUGACGUGGCGGCGAAAAGGUUAAACACUUGUGUAUAUGAUUCGUAAUUCUUUACCGAUACGAUAUAAUAGAAAUGUUAUAAUGUGCCAAAAUAUUUCGAGUUUUUACAUUAUUAAUUACAAUAUCUAUUCGAUUUACAACGAAUAAGUGUGAAAUUUUACGAUGUUUUAAUUAUUUCUAAGAACUGAACUGUGCCACAUGAUUUAGAACUUAAUGAAAGACUGAAUUUGAGCUAUCACAGGGUAAAAUUCAGUGGCCCGUUCACAAUUUACACAAUUGUAAUGCAACGAAACGAUCUUAGGACGUUUGCCUUUAUUUUAUUCAUAGUCGGUAUUAACCCUCGGAUUGGGGCCUGUGAUAAUAAUAAAUUUAAAUUAAUUUACGCUGUAACAAGUAUACGUACGUACAUAGGUAUUGCUCAAAACUAUUCAAUUGUGUUGAAUUCCUUUGCACAAUCAUAUCAUUGAUCUAUUAUAUAUAUAUAUCUCAUGAAAAAAAGACGAGUUCAAGUGUACCUCUUGUAAGACGUUAUUUUUGUUUAUAGUUAUUUAAAUUAGAUAGGUGCGUGGUACGUGUAUGUAACUAUACUAACCGAAGCGAAGUAUUACUUAUUGUUUUUUUUUGUCACAUUUGUUAACAGGUGGCUUAUGUCCCUAUUGGGUCAUAAUGAUUUAUGUUUAUGGCUAAUCAUUAUCCACUUUAUAUAAUAUAAGUAGGUACAUACAUAUAUUUAGGAUUACUAUUUUACCUAUUAAUUGUAAUUUCGGUAAUAGUGAACAUGUAUACUUGGUGUUAGAAGUUUAAGGAUUUUUCAGCUACCUGCUUAGGCUGCUUAGCCUACGAAAGAAGAUUACGAUAAUUCGUAAAUGGUCUUUUUACAAAAUAAUAAUCAAACAACUCCUCAAAGUCAAUCUCUUCUUCUCAUCUUCAGUCAAUAUGAAUUUCAUGUGUAUCGGUGCUUGUCCCCGUCUAACGAGCAAGAGGUGGGUAAAAACGGAAAAAAGAAGUCCCAGGUGUUAGCUUUCUUAAUAAGUUCCAAAGAAACUUCAAUGAAAGAUUAUGACGUUUAAAUAACACUUGCAUAUUUAAAAUCAAAUCAGAUAAUCAAAGGAUAAAUCAAUUGGUUCCCACUGGUACGGGUACGUGGCGGCGAAAUAGCAAUGAACUUACCCGGCGAAAAUGCUUGGGUUUUAUUUUCAAUUUGUUUCCGCCUCAUGCUCUUUAGAACUGAUGAUAGAACUACACCGAUUGUAUUAAAUAUCAGUAUUUCACAAAUAAAGAUGUCGAAAUAUUCAUGAAAA